AUGGCCUCCUCACGUAUAUUCGUCAAAAAUCUCCCGCCUAGCAUAUCCGAGGAUGAUUUCAGGAAGCACUUCAGCUCGAAGCAGGAGAUCACCGAUGCCAAGUUGAUAUCUCACCGAAGAAUUGGCUAUGUCGGCUACAAGACACCGGAAGAUGCUGCGAAGGCAGUCAAGUACUUCAACAGGUCUUUCAUAAGGAUGUCGAGGCUUGGUGUGGAACUUGCUCGUCCUAUAUCUGAUUCGACUCUGCCAGUAUCGAGGAAAGCACAGAGAGAGCAAGAAAGGGAGAAUGCGAAGGCUAGCCGCAAGGAGCGUCUAGAGGCAGCUCCCGCCACCAACCUCAAUGCGGGUCAGAAGAGAAAGCGCAGCGAUGUUGAUGAGUCUGACCCCAAGUUAAAGGAGUUCUUGGAAGUCAUGCAGCCGGCAUCAAAGCCAAAGAUAUGGGCUGAGCAGACGAUGGAUGACCUUACAAAUGAGCCGCCCACGAAGAUCCAGGCUAUUGAAAUACCGGAGGCAGAGAGUGACGCAGAGUAUGAAGCCGUGCCUAAGAAACUGAAGAAGACUUCGCCCGAGCCUGUCAUAUCUGCGGAUCCAGUACCAGUAGCUGGCAUAGCUGAUGUCCCUGUGGAGAGCAAACCGAUCAUUCCAGAACCUGUCGCUCCUGAUGCAACAGAUGAUGACUGGCUGAGAAACCGGACAAACAGGUUGUUGGACCUGGUGGACCCGGCGGAUCUUCCUGUCGGUCAAGAGACUGCAGCAAAGGAAGACGCUGAUGUCGUCAUGGCUGAAUCGAUUUCGGAGGUGGCAGGGCCGAACAAGACGGAACAACCACCUGAAGUCGAUGCACCUAAAGUUGAGGAAGAAGGGGAAGCGGCUGAAGACGAAAAGCCCGACCCAGUCAUUGAGGCAAUUAAGUCAAAUGGACGACUAUUCGUGAGAAAUCUACCAUAUACCGCAUCAGAAGAGGAGCUGAGGGAGCACUUCGCACCGUAUGGGUCACUAGAAGAGGUUCAUCUUCCGGUCGACUCCAAGGGUGCUAGUAAAGGAUUCGUACUGGUCCAAUACGUAGACCCCGCUGCUGCCGCCGAAGCGUAUCAUAACUUGGACGGUGAGCCCUUCCAAGGUCGUCUCCUGCAUAUUUUACCCGCGGCUGGGAAACGCGAAAAGAAAUUGGAUGAGUUUGCCCUUGCCAAGCUGCCGCUCAAGAAACAGAGGGAGAUCAAGAAGAAAACGGAGGCUUCGACUAUGACCUUCAACUGGAAUUCAUUAUUUAUGAAUCAAGAUGCGGUCAAUUCCGCCAUUGCUGAUCGGCUGGGGGUGUCAAAGCACGACUUGCUGGAUCCCACAUCGGCAGAUGCUGGUGUUAGGCAAGCUUUAGCAGAGACCUCAGUCAUUCAAGAAGCCAAAUCCUAUUUUGCUAAAAAUGGCGUCGAUCUGAACGCGUUCAAGAAACGUGAACGGGGUGAUACUGCUAUUCUCGUCAAGAAUUUCCCGUAUGGAAUGACUCUGGAGGAGCUCAGGAAGAUGUUCGAGGAGUAUGGGCAGGUUCUUCGCGUUCUAAUGCCUCCAACUGGUACAAUUGCUAUCGUCGAGUUUGCACAACCGGGCCAUGCAAAGGCGGCAUUCUCAAGCCUGGCUUAUCGUCGUAUCAAAGAUUCUGUCUUAUUCCUUGAAAAGGCACCCAAAAAUUUGUUUACUGGCACUAGCAUCAAUGCUACGGUGGUGCAAUCCGACCAGAAAGCUGAGAAGCCCGCAGACCAAAAGCUUUCAGCUUCUGAUCUUCUGGAAAAGGACGUGGCUAUCGAGACAGUCGAUACAACCACCCUGUUUGUUCGCAACCUCAACUUUACCACCACCAGCGAGCGUCUCACUGAAAUGUUCAAACCUUUGGACGGAUUCUUGUCGGCCCGCGUGAAUACCAAGACAGACCCGAAGAAACCAGGUCAAGUUCUCAGUAUGGGCUUCGGAUUCCUUGAGUUUAGAACCAAGGCCCAGGCCCAGGCAGCUCUCAAAGCGAUGGAUGGAUGCACUUUAGAGGAUCACAAACUCGUGAUCAAGGCAUCUCACAGAGGACUCGAUGCCGCGGAAGAGCGGCGGAAGGAGGACAAAGCAAAGAAAGCGGCCGGCAAGAGAACAAAGAUCAUCAUCAAAAAUUUGCCCUUCGAGGCAUCAAAGAAAGACGUCCGAGCUCUGUUUGGUGCGUAUGGUCAGCUUCGAUCGGUACGCGUGCCAAAGAAGUUCGAUCACUCUGCUCGUGGCUUUGCUUUCGCAGAUUUCGUUACAGCCCGUGAGGCCGAAAACGCACUGGAAGCGCUCAAAGACACCCAUCUUCUUGGUCGCCGGCUCGUUUUGGAGUUUGCUGCCAACGAUCCUGUUGAUGCGGAGGAGGAGAUCGAAAAAAUGCAGAAGAAGGUCGGCAGCCAAGUCAACAAGGUUGCGUUGCAAAAACUUACCGGAGGAGGUCGCAAGAAAUUCAACAUUGAAGGCGACGAUGCUGGUGAUGAUUGA